CCAAGAAGACUCGCCGCAGCAGUGGCAGCAGCAACGGACUCGUCGACUUUCAGCUUUGGCGCGUCGUUUGCUGCGGCGGCCGCGACGUAUCGUGCGGCGGUGUGCUUCGUGCUCCCGCUGCUGCGGAGGGCGGGCGUGCGAUCCAAGAUGGCUGGAGGGGUUGUGGCGGGCAGUAUGGCGGGCCUUGUACUUGGGGCAUGUGAGGGGACCAGUGAGCGGUCUAUCGAGCUAGCGCUGUACAUGCUUGCACGGGCGAUGGAUGCGCUCGUGCAAAGGAUGCUCCCGCCGCUCCCGCCGCUGGCGUCGCUCAUCGGAACGGUGGCUGUCUUUAUGGCGCUGCAGACGAUCAUUAUGUGGGCGUUCUGCUACAGUCCCGAACUGCUUCCGGCACGGUAUCUUCGAUUCAUGGCGUCAAUUGCGUCGCGGCAACGUCGGAUGAUUGCGCACAUCCGGCGCAUGAUGCGGAUCUCACAGCGCGGCAGAGCUACGCCGCAUGGCCCGGAUGAUCUGUAGCGUUUGUAAGUGAUGUUUGUCUCCAAGUGACGCUCCUAUCUUUGAAUUCGCCUGCCAGUACCAUGUGACGGUGGCGAGAGACGAAGGUCGAGGUCUGGUGAGUGGUGCUCGAGGCGGAAGUGGCGAGGCGUUACCAUCUGAGGCUGCAAGGCGUGUCAGUGUGAUCGAUGUUGUGUGCAGGAGUGUCGACAGAGUUUGAACUGCUCGCUGUGGACAGGCAACGAGAACGAGACGUCCAUGAUAUUGUGCACCGGAAGGUCCGCAUCGGUCGCGUCGGCGUCGGCAGCGUGAGAGAGAGUGUUGCACGAGAUGUCGCUACCGAUAAAA